AUGCUCUUCGCUCCGAUCGCCUUCGAGGCGAUGAAGUGUAAAGAGGAAAACUGCGAAGUCGGCGUGGUGCUGGAACACAACUCCCUGAUCGUUCUAUCUGUCAACAAGACAAUAGUCUGCCUUUGUGGAAGGAACAAACACAACCCCUUCGAGCGCGGCAAGCUGCGCAAGCGCGAGGAACACUCUGCCUCGGUGCACCCUGCCGAAGCAGUGCUCCAGACCGCGCCGCAACCAACGACUGAGCCUCUUGCCUUCCGUCAGCAGCCUUUGUGGCAGUUUCCACCGCCGCUGCCUCCGCCUUACGUCUAUCCUCACGAUCAGGACAACUUGAUGCAGCCUAUCGGUAACGAGCGAGCGAGUUUUCGCAGUUUGCGCAAGAACAUUGGCGGUCGUUGGAAGAGACUUGUUAAAAAGAAGCCUGAACAGGAAGUGUACACGAUCCCGCCCGAGCUUAAACCUCAACUAAAACAAAUAUAUGUGUAU